AUGACUGGGAGCAUUCAUAAAGUCGUCGUCGCGGGAGCAGGCCCUGCCGGCCUCCUUGCCACAUACAUGCUGGCCAAAGAGGGUAUCUCUGUCGAUGUUCUGGAAGCGAAGGCAACGAUUGACACUUCACCCCGGGGGUUGGCAUAUGGGCCGAGUGCCAAGAGAGUGUUACAAGAUGCGGGCCUUCUCGACAAGAUCACGUCUGAAGGGUUUCUAUCCCGGGACUUCACAUGGCGGAAACUGGACGGUACCAUUCUAGUGUAUGCGAGUGCUGAAAGUGAUAGAGAUGCUUGGGUCGUGAAUCCUGUUGGGUCUAUCUCCGCAUUACUCCUUGAUUUGGUGCAGAAGAUGUCAAUCGUUACGAUUCACUGGAAUUGUAGAGUCGUUGAUGUUGGCCAGGAUGAAAUCGUGGCGUGGGUUGAUGCGGUUGACCCAUCGGGCAAUAAGAGCAGGUGGGAGGCUGACUACGUGAUCGGUUGCGAGGGUGCACAGAGCGCUGUUCGUAAGUCAUUGUUCAACGGUCGAUUCCCAGGGUAUACGUGGCCCGCACAACUCAUCGCUGUCAAUUUCUCCUACGACUUCCUUGAUAAGGCGGGUUGGGCCGAUGCACAAUGGGUAGUCGACCAGGAAAAGUGGUUUCUCUGUGCCCGUAUCAAUCGUAAGGGCCUUUGGCGCAUGGCCUAUGGUGAGACCCCCGGACUUUCGAUCGAGGAAAUAAGGAAGAGGCUCGAUGAUCGCUUUCGUACCACGUUGCCUGGUAACCCAGAACCACAUCAAUUCCAAGUCAUGAACUUGGCUCCCUACACAAUACACCAGCGGCUUGCAGAACGGAUGAGAGUGGGAAGGGUUCUCCUUGCGGCCGAUGCCGCUCAUCUCUGCAAUCCCAUGGGCGGACUUGGCCUAACCACGGGCAUUGCCGACAUCGGAAGUCUUGUGCAAGCCCUAGUAGGCAUUCAUACUGGACAAACAACAGAUAUCAUACUGGAUAUCUAUGAUGAAAAGCGUCGUGCGAUCUUUUCCACAAUAACUGACCCAAUCAGCACAACCAAUAUGAAGCGUAUUAUGAGCGAUGCCAACGAGGUCGAGAAGUCAGAUCCCUUCUUUGACAAUGUGAGGCAAGCUGUCGAAGAUCCUAUCCUGCGAGAAGAGGCCUUCCGGCCACUGACAUAUAUGCGAAAUUUAGAAGCAGAUGGAGAUAGGAUGUGA